AUAAGAAAUAAUUGGUAAAAAGUAAAUAAACUUUUUAAGAAAGUAGAGUUUUGUGACACAGUCACAGUGCAAUUUUCUCCGUCGGAUAAUGUAGAACGUUUCUUUUAAUUUUAAAUUGCAAAUGAUGGUUUGUUUUUCUGUAACGCGGACAUUGCAAAGACUCUAUCGUUUGAUUCAUUGAGCCGAAGGUCAGCAACUCACGAGUUCUAAAAGCAGCAACAAUCAACAUGCCUAAAUCAAUUCCACAAAUAGUCAUAUCCAAAAUUCCUACAGCAGCCGAGCUGACAUCACCGACGCUACCCAUUCCAUGUUCAGUUAAAAAUUGUGACAGUGUGUUAACCAACACCGGAACGCUGUACUUGCACAUGCUGAAGCACCAUAACAUUGAUACGCGGGAGUCUAACUCGAAAGCGGUCCGAUUCUUUUGUCCCGAAGAGACGUGCAAGUACAGUGAGAAUGUGCAGCCGAAUGCAAAAUCCUUUUCGUCGAAAAAGUACCUAAAGCAACACUACAUGAAAGUUCAUGCUAAGAAGACCCUGCCAUGCAGUCGCUGUGAUAAAAUAUUUUCUAGUCAGUCGUUUAAGAGUGCACACGAAUCAAUUUGCGGACAACAGUUCAUUUGCUGCGAAUGCAACUGGACGUACAAGUCGAAAGAGGCGUUGAUGACGCAUUGCAGGCGAAAGAAUCAUCCGUAUAUGAGGCCAAUCGAAAAUGGCAAGGAACUUAUUGUCCAUUCCGCUGUCAAUAAAUUGGUUGAAAUUGCACCGAAACCAUCAUCCAGUACGUCUACAGAUAAGUCUGUAGGAUCUUCGGCAUUAUUAUGCACGAAAACUCAGAGUACGCAAACACUUCCUGUCGAUAACUCCGAUACGAAUUUCUUGGACCAUUGGAACAAACUAGCCACCGAACCUAGUCCGAACAAAGACAGUAAACUGAGUAGAGUAAAGCCAAAAUGCGUGAAAAGUGAACAGACCAGUACCAGCAACAAAACAUUUCGUAAUUUGGACAUUUUCGAUACAGAAAGUAGUACAUUGAUGACCAUAAGCAGUUACGCACAAACCGACAAAAAUCUGAACAAUUUGAACUACGUCGAAGACGACAGUCUGUCGUACUUCGGAUCGGAGAAUUUCCAAACAGAACUGUGUCAUAACGAAACCCAGACCGAAUACCGACUGUUCCAGGAAAAUAUUAACGAAUCCACCAGCAGCGAUCAGUUGGAUCAAAUGCUUUACAGCAACAUGCAUACGCAGACUUGUGACGAAAUACUAUCCGAAUUGGGUCUUGCCGACAUUCAAACUCAAACGAAUUGGCCAGUAACGGAUUACAGUGACUUGUUGGUGUCGACGGAGACACAAACUAUUGAUUCAACGUUUCUGCUGGGAAAUUCGUCGUCGACGCAAACGCAAACCAUUUGGGAGAAUUUUUGAUUUAGCGGAAUUGUUAAAAUCUCAUUUUUAUGUUUAAUAAAUCUGUGACUCUUCCUGGAGAAA